AUGACAGAAACCAAGCGCUCGAGGGCCGAUGAAAUAGCUGUCGAUGGUGCCAAGAAACAAAAGACGUUGAUGGAGUUUUUUCAUGGAAAGAAAGCUGAGAUCAAGUCAGUUCAGAGCUGCAAAGUGUCUAAUGGGGCUAAUGGAACUACUGAAGCGGAUAGUAACAGUUUGGAAGUCACUGGUGAGUUUGAUAAAGAACAAUUUCGCAAAAAACUAUCUGAUCGCGAACUAGUUUUGUUAAGACUGGAACUCGACACUCUGGACAACGCGUGGUUUGCCAAGCUAGAAUCUGAAUUUCAGAAAAGUUAUUUUCUCAAACUCAAAGACUUUGUGCUGGAACAGCAGAAGGAUUUCACGGUUUUCCCCCCCGAAGCCGACGUGUACUCAUGGAGCAGAUUGACAACCUUCGAUGAGGUACGCGUCGUGAUCAUCGGUCAGGAUCCAUACCAUAAUCACAACCAGGCACAUGGGUUGGCAUUUAGCGUUAGAGCGCCUAUACCUGCUCCGCCAUCCUUAAAAAAUAUUUACAAGGAAUUACGAGAGAACAAUUAUCCGGACUUUGAAGUCGACAAUAAAGUGGGCGACCUAACAAAUUGGGCAAAGCAAGGUGUACUUUUACUUAAUACAUGUCUUACCGUGAGAGCACACAAUGCGAACUCGCAUUCCAAAAGAGGGUGGGAACAGUUCACAAAGCGAGUGGUGCAGGCGAUAAUAGAAGAUCGCAAGCGGUCCAAACAGCCCUUAGUAUUUUUGUUAUGGGGAAACAAUGCCUCCCAUCUUGUGAAGAGUCUUCUUGCUAACACGCCAGAAAACUUUCUGGUACUCAGUUCCGUACAUCCUUCCCCAUUGUCGGCUAGCAGAGGAUUCUUUGGCAACAAACAUUUUAAAAAGAUAAAUGACUGGCUCUACGAUAGAAACCAAACAAUGAUAGAGUGGAGUGUGCUUCCUGGAAGCUCCAUCAAGGAGAUAGAAAACAAAAACUUGGUUUUAGACUUGUAG